AUGCAUCGAUAUAGAGACGAACUAGGGAGAUUUGCUCAGCGUCCAGAUUUAGAAAACCCUAGUGAAAUUCUAUCCGACUCAUCUUCUUCGUCUCCGUCGCACUCGUCGUCGUUGGAAUUCGCAUUUCAAAAUCUAUUCGCAAUGGCUCUCCGACCUGCUGGGAAAGUGCCAGAAAACCAAAGUGAGAUCCUAGAGCACUUGACACAAUUGAAGAUCAAUCUUCCUUUACUACAUGUGAUCAAGCAAGUGCCGGCCUACGCCAAGGUUAUAAAGGAUUUGUAUACUAUAAAGAGAAAGUAUCAUGUCAGGAAGACUGUAUUCUUGACGGAACAAGUGAGCGCGGUGAUUAAGCAGAAGACACCGCUGAAGUACAGAGAUCCUGGCUGUCUUGGCGAUAUUAAGCCCACAUCUGUGGUUCUGCAACUGGCCGAUCGAUCUAUUAAGAGACCACGAGGAAUAGUGGAAGAUGUGUUAUUGCAAGUUGAUAAGUUCUACUAUCUUGUGGAUUUUGUUGUUUUGGACACUCAGUCAGUGGUUGAUGUGGAGUCAAAAAUCCCGAUCAUCCUUGGAAGACCAUUCCUCGCGACAGCAAAUGCUCUAAUUAAUUGUAGAAAUGGUCUAAUGAAGAUCUCUUUUGGGAAUAUGACUCUCGAGGUAAAUGUUUUCAACAUUGUAAAACAACCACAAGGUGAUGACGAGUGUCACCAAACAUUCCUGAUCGACACACUUGUCGAGGAGGAGGUUCUGCUACAAAGCAACUCUGAAGAUCUUGAAAAUCUCCUCCAAAAUUCUGAAUCUGAAAGUUCCGGUCCUUGUGAGUUGGCUAACAUUUCUGCCAUUUUCAACAACUCACAAGACAGAGGAAUUAAGUUUAAGCAACUGUGUUUCGAGAAACUUCCACAAGGGAGAGAGAAACCAAAGCCUUCCAUCGAAGAGACCCCAACAGUGAAACUUGCUCAACUACCUGAAGGAUUGAAACAUGCAUUUUUGGGAGUCGGCGAUACCUUUCCUGUUAUCAUUUCUUCCAAACUCGAUGCAUCACAAGAGCAGCGGUUGAUCAACAUGCUGUAA